AAGUCAGAAGCCUGAAAGCAGGGAAAUCCGGAUGUCUCCAUUAUGAAGUGAAACAGUGGGAGCUUCAGCAUAUUUCCAGAACUCUCCAUCCAGCCUGGUGAUUGAGCAUCUGCUUCCUCACUGCCAGUAGCCAUCUGCACAGCUUCCCUGGCUCUAAGGGGUUUGUACAAUGGCCAAGUACAUCUGUUUGCUGUGGCUCCUCACCUCUAUCUGGACCACUGGGAUCCUGGUUCAAGGCUCCAUCUCAGUUCAAGAACUUACCAUCUCAGUGCCAUGCAGAAUUAUGGGUGUCACUGUUGUGAGCAAAAAGGCAGAUCUGCUGAUGAAUUUCACGGAAGCCAGUGAGGCCUGUAAGCUGCUGGGACUAACUUUAGCCAGCAAAGACCAGGUUGCAGCAGCACAGAAGUUUGGCUUUGAGACAUGCAGUUAUGGAUGGGUUAGAGAACGGUAUACUGUCAUCCCGAGGAUUCUCCCAAACCCCAGGUGUGGGAAGAAUGGGAUUGGUGUCCUGACUUGGAAUGCUCCAGUGAACCGAAAGUUUAAGGCCUACUGUUACAACUCAUCUGACACGUGGGUGAAUUCGUGCCUCCCAGAAACCAUCACCACCUUUGAUCCCAUGUUUGACUCACAAACUGUGACGUACACAGCAGAGCUCACUAUGGGCGACAGCACCUCUUCCUCCAUAUCAUCCACUCAUUCUACACGUGCUCUGGCUACCACUCCUGCUCCAGUUACCACCUCAAUUCCUCGGAAGACAAAACUGAUCUGUAUCACAGAGGUUUAUACAGAAACUAGUUCUGCAGCUACAGAGACAGAACCAACUAUUGAAAGUGAAGCAGCAUUCAAGAAUGAAGUUGCUGGGUUUGGAGGUGUCCCCACGGCUCUGCUGGUGCUUGCUCUCCUUUUCUUUGGUGCUGCAGCUGGUCUGGCAGUUUGUUACAUCAAAAGGUAUGUGAAGGCCUUCCCUUUUACAAACAAGAAUCAGAAGAAAGAAAUGAUUGAAACCAAGGUAGUAAAAGAAGAGAAGGCUGAUGAUGGCAAUGCCAAUGAGGAAUCAAAGAAAACUGAGAAAACCUCAGAAGAGUCAAAGAGUCCAUCAAAAACCACAGUGAGAUGUCUAGAAGCUGAAGUGUAGAAAAGGAGCUAUGAAGGAACACCUGAGGCUGGUUUCUUUCCUGAUUUGUCCCCUGGCUCCAGGUGGGGAAACUAAAAGAGCCAAAGAACCAAAGAAAAAUGUCUACCCUUUGGGUUCUAACAGGAAACAACUGUGGAGUUCUCCAGAGAGAGGACUCUUCUUACUAUAAUCCUUCCUGGACCUUUCCUCCUACCUCCACAGCUUCCCACAGCCUUUCUAGCCUGACUAUGUGCUAGUAAUAGCCCAGUGAUAGAAAGGAACUACCAAAGUGCCUAAUGGAGUUCAUCCCUACACAUUCAUAGAUUGCCUGAGUUGAGGGCCAGAGACCCUGAGACCAGGCCAGAGGCUUUCCAUAGCUCUGAAAAGGAAACACACCACUCGGCAUGUCCUUGAGCCAGGCACAAGUAAAAGAAGAAAGGAAAUAUUCAGCAACUAAAGGCAAUGGAGAGCCACAUGACUUGAGACCUAAUCCCUAGGAAGCAAAAAUACAGUGUAGGAGGCCAGGAUACUGACAGCAAUGUUUAUGACAGAGGCAUAAACACAGGAUCCAGGUAUCCUUCACUGAGUGAGUUGAUUGAAAUCACUUUUUAGAACAUGCACACUUUCUUUUCUCUCUGCUGCUGCUAUUUUCUCUGGAAGAAUAAAGUUGGAUAAGAAACAAAAAGAAAAUACUCACAAAAUUCUAUUUCAUCGGAAUCACAGAAAUUAUUAUUGAAGAACUUAAUAUGUUAAAAAGUAGUGAGAUUUAGCCUGGUGCUGGUGGUUCAUACCUAUAAUCUUAGCUACUGUGAUCUGAGGAUCAUAGUUC